AUGCGCCACCCCGAGGAGUGGAGGUCUUGAGUAACUGCCCUCCUUUAUCGAAAACUGGUUGCUGGAGUCCAGUGUCGCCAUAUUGUCAUCCCGAAGCUCUGAGAGGUCCUGAGGAGAGAGCCUUUGCAUCCACCUGAAGAUGUCUGGCCCGGUCACCAGCCGAUCCCGGGUUUACCCCGAUGUGAACACACAAAGACCCCGGGAGUACUGGGACUACGAGUCACACGUUGUAGAGUGGGGGAAUCAAGAUGACUACCAGCUGGUGCGAAAGCUCGGCCGGGGCAAAUACAGCGAAGUCUUUGAAGCUAUCAACAUCACAAACAACGAGAAAGUAGUCGUCAAAAUACUCAAGCCAGUAAAAAAGAAGAAAAUCAAGCGAGAAAUCAAGAUUCUAGAAAACCUGCGAGGCGGACCCAACAUCAUCUCACUUCUAGACAUCGUCAAGGAUCCAGUGUCUCGGACUCCAGCUCUGGUCUUUGAACACGUCAACAACACAGACUUCAAGCAAUUGUAUCAAACGCUAUCCGACUACGACAUACGGUUCUACAUGUAUGAGAUCUUGAAGGCUCUGGACUACUGUCACAGUAUGGGAAUCAUGCACAGAGACGUCAAGCCACACAACGUCAUGAUCGACCACGAACACAGAAAGCUUCGCCUUAUAGACUGGGGUUUGGCAGAGUUCUACCACCCUGCUCAGGAGUACAACGUACGAGUGGCUUCCCGAUACUUCAAGGGUCCAGAGCUGCUGGUCGACUACCAGAUGUACGACUACAGUUUAGACAUGUGGAGCUUGGGCUGCAUGCUGGCCAGUAUGAUCUUCAGGAAGGAGCCUUUCUUCCACGGACACGACAACUACGACCAGCUUGUACGGAUCGCAAAAGUCCUGGGCACAGAAGACCUGUAUGACUACAUCGACAAAUACAACAUCGAGCUAGACCCAAGGUUCAAUGACAUUCUGGGCAGGCAUUCCCGUAAGCGGUGGGAGAGGUUUGUCCACAGUGAGAACCAGCACCUGGUCAGCACUGAGGCACUGGACUUCCUGGACAAGCUGCUGCGUUACGACCACCACGCCCGCCUCACCGCCCGGGAGGCCAUGGAACACCCCUACUUCUACCCCAUUGUGAAAGACCAGGCGAGGAUGGGCUCUAUAUCAGGGCUGUCGACUGGUUCUACCCCAGUCAGCUCCUCCAGUAUGAUGACAGGCAUCACUUCCAUGUCCUCGUCGCAGCCCCUGGCUAACGUGGCGGGCUCUCCUGUGAUCUCUUCCCCCAGUGCUCUAGCCACGCAGGUCCCAGCCGCUGGGGCCCAGCCCUGAACGGUGCUCUCAGCCUGGGGCCCGGGACGGACCCGCUGCCCCUGUCUGGGACGGCCUACCAAGCCCUCAGAAGGUCCAGGCAACAAUCAUUUUUAUGUUGAGUAUAACAAAGAGAGAGAGAAAAAAAGAUAUUAGGUUCCCCUUUUUUCUUUUUCCAUACAAUAAUUAUAUAUUGAGAUCCGGGCGCACAACGAGAGACAGAAAAAAGAAGAUAAAACAAACAUUACUUGCGCCUGUGUCCGGAUAAAAACAGUAGCUGCGUUCUUUCAUAAUGAGUGUCUAGAAAUGCAACUACAAUGUAGAAAUGAAGCAAAAUGGAUAAUAAAAUGUAUUUUAUAUGUCCCUAAAGUACUUUUGUUUGAGGUGGUUUUCUAUGGGCCAGAGGUUAUCAUUUUCUAAUCAACCGUUAGUGGUCACAUGAAAUGACUCAUGGGCUGCAUGUAACACUUUUUGUUUGUUAAAUACAUUUCUUCUGUUGGUCAUAUAGUUUCAACAUUGAAUUUCUCUCUAUAGAACGACACCCCCCGGUAGUUAUUUUCAAUGUUAUGUAAUGUUUUUAUCACGAGGCAUUUUCACAAUGAUUAUGCUUGUUAUUUAGUUGUGGCUAUUCAAGGCUCAUUGAACAACCAUUUUGUACAAGAGUUAAGGUGACAUAUGACAUUGUGUUUAUAAAAUGUAUUCAAUAAG